AUGGAGAUCAGUGGGCUCCCACUAGAACUGUGGCGCUUAAUACUGUCCUACUUGCGUCUUCCUGACCUUGGCCGCUGCAGCUUGGUGUGCAGAGCAUGGUAUGAGCUCAUCCUCAGCCUGGACAAUACUCGGUGGAGACAGCUGUGCCUUGGCUGCAUUGAAUGCCGGCAUCCAAACUGGCCCAACCAGCCUGGUGUGGAGCCUUGGUCAUGGAGAGAAGCUUUGAAGCAGCAUUAUCUCUCUUCUAAAACCUGGACCAAAAACAGCCACGAUCUGGAGUCCUCCAACUGCUUCUACUUAUUCAGAAGGAAAAAGGACAGGCGGGUUCUUUGCGUUGGUCCUGGCUGCGAAUUUGACAAUCUAAGGAGUGCCUUGCUUUCAGCCAGCAUGUAUGACCGGAUUGUCCUGCUGCCAGGAAUGUAUGAGGAACAGAGUGAAAUCUUUCUCAAGGCUCCUGUGGAAAUCAUGGGAAAAGGCAAGCUUGGUGACGUGGCCCUUCUAGUGAGCUUUGACCAGCACUGUCCAACAAUGAGGUUAUGCAAUUUGGUCUUUAUGCCAGCCUGGUUCACACCAGUAAUAUAUAAGACAACCUCAGGCCAUGUCCAGUUUGACAACUGCAAUUUUGAAAACAGCCAGCUGCAGAUUCAUGCUCCUGGGACUUGUCAGGUUAAAUUCUGCACUUUCAAUCAAUCCAGCAUCCAUUUCCAUAGCGUGGCUAUCUGUCUCCUGGAAAACUGUGAAUUUGUUGGCAGUGAAAAUGCUUCGGUGACAGUGGAAGGAAGUCCAUCUUUGGACAGGAACUGGGCCUGCAAGCACUUGACCAUGUUGGCAAAAUCUCGCUCUGUCUUGCUGCAGACAUCUGAGUCCUCACAUUGCAAUAUAUCGAAGUUUGAGAGCCAGGGAACUCUUCCAAUGACAGAUAUGAGGACCUGCGACAUUGUGGUAGCUGAAAACCCAAGUCAUAUAUUCCCUGUUUCACAGACUCAAGUGGGGCCAAGGAGAGGCUUUGAGAAGGAAAGGGAGCUAUCUGGGAACCUUAACACAGCACACAAAGAAGAGGCCAUGACUAUAGACACAGAUUCUAGUGACAGUGAGCUAAGCCUGAGCACUGAGAACGAGGACGAGGAUGAGUCGCUAUACAAACUGCCUUACCAGGCUCAUAGCUUAAGCCACAUGCUGGCCAAGAUUGUCCAUGGUAGGCCAUCAACCGAUGGAUUACCAGCCCUUCAAAGUGACUACGAGCUAAAAUCUUUGGCUCAGGAGCUGCAGCAAGAUAAGGAGGCUCAGUGUCUCGCCAACACCAUGCAAGGAUGCCUUGUGAGAAAAUGUCUUUUCAGGGACGGAAAAGGUGGCAUCUUUCUGUGUUCCCAGGGACAAGCCACAGUGGAAGGGAGCAUCUUCAGGGACUUGACCUAUGCUGUGCGAUGCAUACAAAACAGUAAGAUCAUCAUGCUCAAGAAUGACAUUCACCACUGCAAGACCUCAGGGAUAUUUCUGCGCCUUGGUGCAGGUGGCUUGAUUGCAGACAAUAACAUCCAUUCCAAUUGUGAAGCAGGGGUGGAUAUUCGGAAAGGAGCCAACCCUUUAAUCCUGUGUAAUAGAAUCCACAGUGGCCUUCGCUCUGGCAUCGUUGCCCUUGGCAACGGAAAAGGCGUCAUCCGUAGCAAUCAAAUCUAUGGAAAUAAGGAGGCUGGCAUUUACAUUCUAUAUAAUGGCAAUCCUCUGGUAAGUGGGAACCAUAUAUUCCAGGGUCUUGCUGCUGGUAUAGCUGUGAAUGAGAAUGGAAGAGGCCAGAUCACAGAAAAUGUCAUCCGAGAAAACCAAUGGGGAGGUGCAGACAUCCGGCGUGGGGGGGAUCCUGUCCUCAGGAGUAACCUGAUCUGCUGUGGCUAUUCAGAUGGAGUGGUUAUCGGAGAACGAGGAAAAGGACUUGUAGAAGGAAACACCAUUUAUGGUAAUAAGGGCUGUGGUGUCUGGAUAAUGUCAUCCAGCCUUCCCCAUGUUACCAACAAUCAAAUAGGGCACAACAGCAUCUAUGGCAUUGCAGUGUUUUGCCGCAAGGACGAUGCUAACGAUUAUCUUGUCAACCAAGGAGGCAAUGAGAAUUUCAAUGAAGAAGGAGAAGCAGCCAAUUGGGAGAAUGACCUGGAAAGUGAAGAUGAACGCUUGACUUCCCGGCGGCCCAUCAACGUGGCCCUUGUGGAGUCAAACAACAUCAACCAUAAUGGAGCUGCUGGCUUAUACGUCAAAAGCAGCGAAGCUCUGAAUAUCAUUGGAAAUGCCAUCCACGCCAACCAUGACUACGGGGUUGCCGUGUUUCAAAGCUUGCAACUCACCCGAAUAGCAAAUAACAGCAUUUCUUGCAAUAGCCUCGGCGGAGUCUUGGUGGAAGCCGAGUGCCGGGUGGAACUCCGUGGCAAUGGGAUCUAUGACAACAGCAGCCAUGGCGUUAGCUCCAAGGGCGAUGGGGUCAUCAUGGAGAAUGACGUUCUAGGAAAUCAAGGAUGUGGCCUCCGACUCUUGCAGGCAGCCGACAUGAAGGUAACCAAGAACAGAAUCCACUCCUUUCGAGCUUACGGGAUUGAGAUGCUUGAUCAAACCAAGGCUUUAGUGCAAGAUAACUUGAUUUUCCAAGGGAAGAGCAAAAAGACUAUUUUACAGCAAGUGUCCAGCAUGGAGGAUUGUGUCAUUCAGAAUAAUAAGAUCCUUGCUUUCAGAAAAAAGUCUGAUGUUGCCUGGACCUUAGAGAACCCUCCAGCUAGGCCUCACAUAGAAGAAUCGUCUCGAGGAGUGUCAACAGCUGGAAGCAGCCAGAAAGGAUCAAACGUGACAGCCAGGAUAGCUGCUAGAGUAGAUGGGGGUUGUCAUAAAAAUGGUAGUAUCUUUUGCACUAUUCUGUGA